GCCUGUGGUUGUGAGAUCUGAAUGUCUUCUGUACCUCUUGUGAAGACUAAAGAAGGAAAGGAAAUAAAUAAAUAAAUGCAAUUCUUUAAAAAGGAGCAGAGGACGCCUACAAAUGGGUGGCAGUAGUUGAGAAAUAGUCUCUCGCUAACUUUGGAAAGCCUCAUCACAGACUAAUAAAAAUUUGAAACGGCACAGCGCAGCAACAAAUCAGUAUUCUCCCACAGACCCCUGCAAGAAAUGGCCAAGAGGGUUAACCCUUUAUCUGGUUGAGAUGACUCUUUAGGCAGCCACAAUCUCCAAACAAAACAGGUCAUUUUGGGAUGCUAAGAUCCUAAGAUGGCAAUUUGAUGGCCUUCAUUUUUGGUAGCAGAUAAUGAAAACAUUCACUUUCUAGUGUAUUGCAAGCCAAAGUAUACAUAACUAACAAUUCUGAAAUGCUCAGCUCGGAUGAUUAGCUCGGAAAGACUACAAACAUUAUCUCAGGUCUGACUGGUGUUUUCUUGCUUUAUUUUAUUGACACCGUUUAGUUAAAGAUGGCUGCCGGAGUGGCAACAUGGCUACCGUUUGCCAGGGCAGCAGCUGUUGGCUGGCUUCCCCUGGCCAAGAAAACCAUGCCCAAACCACCAAUAGACAAAAAAAAUCGCAACGAUGAGAUCCUGUUUGUAAAUGUGAGCGGGCUCCGCUUCCAGACAUGGAAAAACACGCUAGACCGAUAUCCUGACACUCUGCUGGGCAGCUCGGAAAAGGAGUUUUUCUACAACGAGGACACUCAGGAGUAUUUCUUCGAUCGGGAUCCAGAGAUGUUUCGCCACAUUUUGAACUUCUACCGAACAGGCCGGCUUCACUAUCCCCGGCAGGAGUGCAUUCAGGCCUUUGACGAGGAGUUGGCGUUCUUCGGCAUCGUGCCGGAUAUUAUUGGAGACUGCUGCAUGGAAGAGUACAGGGACCGCAAGAAAGAAAACCAGGAGCGUCUGGCUGUGGACACGGAGGCCGAGAUGGCUACGGACACCCCUUUGCCGCCACACAGCACGCAUCGGGAACGCUUGUGGCGUGCGUUCGAGAAUCCCCACACUAGCACCAUGGCACUGGUUUUCUACUACGUCACCGGUUUCUUCAUCGCCGUCUCUGUCAUAGCAAACGUAGUGGAGACCGUCCCAUGCCGACCGCUCAAAGGCAGCAAGAAAGACUUACCAUGCGGAGAGAAGUACUCGCUGGCGUUUUUCUGCAUGGACACGGCCUGUGUGCUCAUCUUCACCUUCGAGUACCUCAUGAGGCUUUUCGCCGCCCCUAGCCGCUGCAAGUUCAUGCGUUCAGUCAUGAGCGUGAUCGAUGUGGUCGCCAUCAUGCCCUACUACAUCGGCCUGGUCAUGCCGGAGAACGAGGACGUGAGCGGCGCGUUCGUCACACUAAGGGUGUUCAGAGUCUUCCGGAUCUUCAAGUUCUCCCGUCACUCUCAGGGCCUGCGUAUCCUGGGUUAUACCCUGAAGAGCUGUGCGUCUGAGCUGGGCUUCCUGCUGUUUUCCCUCACCAUGGCCAUCAUCAUAUUUGCCACCGUCAUGUUCUACGCUGAGAAAGGCACCAAGGGAACCAACUUCACCAGCAUCCCAGCCUCCUUCUGGUACACCAUAGUCACCAUGACAACGCUUGGGUAUGGAGACAUGGUGCCAAACACCAUCGCCGGAAAGAUCUUCGGCUCUAUCUGCUCUCUCAGCGGUGUGCUGGUUAUUGCUCUUCCUGUUCCCGUCAUCGUGUCCAACUUCAGCCGAAUCUACCAUCAGAAUCAAAGAGCAGACAAGAUGCGAGCCCAGCAGAAAGUUCGACUUGCCAGAAUUCGCUUGGCCAAGAAGGGAACCACCAACGCCUUCCUACAGUAUAAAGAAGACGGAGGAUUUCAUGAUCGGGACCAUGACGGCGCUCUGUGUUUGAAGAACAGAUCUUCAUUUGAGCACCAACAUCAUCAUCUGCUCCACUGUCUGGAAAAGACAACAAAUCAUGAGUUUACAGACGAGCUGACGUUCAGUGAGAUGUGCAUGACGGAGUCUGUGGGUUACCGCACCAGCCGCAGCACUUCUAUCUCCAGCCAGCAGGGGGUUUCCACGUCCUGCUGCCCGCGCAGAGCCAAGAGAAGAGCCAUCCGCCUGGCCAACUCCACCGUCUCUGUGAGCCGCGGCAGCGUCCAGGAGCUUGACACUCUGCACGUGCACAAGACCACCAUCAGACCACAGAGCCGCUCCAGUCUGAACGCGCGGACAGAAGACCUGAAGCUAAACUGUGAUGACCGGGAUUUCACAGCGGCUAUAAUCAGUAUACCAACCCCUCCUGCCAACACCCCUGACGAGAGUCUGCCGCCCUCUCCUGCCAUUCCCGGCAUCUUACGCAACUCUCGCUCCAGUUCCUUCACCCACGAGACAGUGAAGAUCUCCUCCUUAUAACCGCCACAAGCACACGAGCAUCCCCCUAUUAUUGCACAACGGAAAGGACGUGAUGGACAAAGUGCAUCUGCUUCAUUCCAAAUGGACAUUUCCACAUGGACUCGCAUGAGCUGAUGUGCGUUUUUUUUGUGAUUUUCGGAGUUUGAACAAUUCCAGGGGGAAAAGACUGCAGAAAAACUCGAUCGCAUAUCGCAAAUCAGCAGUUAUAGCGGCACUGAAGGCCUUUUACUUUUAAAGAUAUGCAAUGUUUCAACAAGCUGGAAUUAUGCCUAUAUGUCCACUGCGUAAUACAGUUGCGGGAGAGAUUACAAAAAAAAAGUGGAAAUAUUGAACCCGUAGAUCUUUGCAGGGAAAAAAAGCUAUAACAACAACAACAAAAAUGACGGCAGAUGAAUCGGGGUAUUUUCCGAACGUUCCUUAUCCGUUUUCAAAUAAAAAAAAUGAAAACCAGGAAAACGUCAAUUUUUCGGGUUUUUCUUUUGCUCACAAAAAACGAAAAGAAAAAAAAACGUUUUUGGGGUUUAAAGUUGGAAAUCGGAUAAACGACUUUAAAAUUCAUUAUACACAUGUAGGCGAUGCUGGAACACCCUAUUUCCUCUGAUUGGCCAACCAAGUCUGAGCUCGAGACGUCGCCUUCAAAAAAACUGUCCUCUGCGAAUCAGCACCCAGGCUUUUAAGUAUUAUUAUUUAAUAAUAUAUAUAAACUAAGUUUACAUGUUCUGUCAUUUGAUCAGUUAGCAGGCUUAUUAUUCAUUAUGUAUGCAUAAAUUAAAUAAAAAUGUAAAUUAGCAGUAUUAUUACACAUUUGUCAUUAAAAUAAGGUCAUAGUUCAUCUAUAUAAACGUAAAAAUAAUAUUAUAAAGGGGCAAAGAAAAUAA